GUCACUGUGGAAACUGGCCCCACGUGUUAUCGUUUGCUUUCUUAUAAAGAUUAAAUCACUGCAGGUACAUAAGACGGCCUAUUGGGUUAUAAAUCACUGAACGGAGCCAAAAUAUGUUUUACCUUUAUUUUAAUUAUGAAUGGGGACAAAAAACAUCCAGUGGCUUUUAUUGAAAUGACAUUUUCCAAACGAUAACACGUUGGACGAGUUUCCACAGUGACGCUGUGGAGUUUUUACUGAUGAUUCCUGAACCUUGCGUCAGACUGCAGUUUAUUAAGGCGAGUCCACAGAGGGACGGACUCAUGUGGACCAGGAAGCUGAUGGAGACACAGUAAACAGCUGACAUGUAAACUAAGUCAAUUUUUAAACAUUGUAGCCAUUUUUAAUCAUUUUGUUGAAGGUAGUUUAAAAAAAAUCACAUUUUAAGCUGCUUCGCUGUUAUUUCGAGCAGCGGCUGAAUAAUUUCACGUCUCUGGACUUCAUGAAUACGGACUUGGAGGAGCAGGAAGACGAGCUGCUCGCCCUGCAGAGCAUAUUUGGUUCGGAAGAGUUCCUCCGAAAUGAGUCGAAGUCUGCCGGAGAAUUCCGAGUUUCCGUGGAGCUGCCAGCGGGAUUCACUGUGCUCCUAAAACACGGUGGAACGAUAAGGCAGUAUGACGUCUCUUUCCUUCCACCGCUGAUUCUGACCUUUGAACUUCCUGGAGAUUACCCAUCCUCCGCCCCUCCCUCCUUCACUCUCACCUGCAGCUGGCUGACUCAACCACAGCUAACGUCCCUGAGUGAUCAGCUCACAGAUCUCUACCAGGCCACUGGGGGCGCUGUGGUGCUCUUCUCCUGGAUCCAGUUUCUGAGAGAGGAAGCCCUGAAGCAGCUGGACAUCCACAAUCUGCUGGAGCUUCCUUCUGACCAGAACCAUUCUUCCUCAGCUGCAGACAGUUCUGAACUUCCUGGGUCUGUUCCGGCCGGACAGGAAGUCGUCCCUCCAAACGAAAACCAAAGUGACUCUGGUCUCUCUUUGACUGCGUCUCAGAUUCUCCUGUCCCAGAUUUUGAUCCAUGAUGCAGAGCAGAAACAAAAGGUGUUUGCCGCCACGCCGUUUGACUGCGGCGUGUGUUUCUUGAGCCGGCUCGGGUCCGAGUGCGUGCAGCUGUACGAGUGCGGCCACAUCUUCUGCCUGGCCUGUCUCGACGAGUUCUGGAAAGCCCAGAUUACGGAGGGGAAUGUCCGCGGCGUUACCUGUCCUCAGGUAGACUGCUCUGCCACGCCAACACCUGCACAGGUGAAAAGUCUUGUAGGAGAGGAGCUCUUUCACAGAUAUGAUCGUCUUCUGCUACAGUCUACCCUGGACGUCAUGCCUGACAUCACGUAUUGUCCUCGGCUUACUUGCGGUUCUGCUGUGAUCUUGGAGAAGUCCAGCCCUGCAGCGAUGUGCUCUGUCUGCAGCUUUGCUUUCUGUGUAGACUGUAAAAAAACGUACCAUGGAACAAGCAAGUGCUACGAAGAGCCUGACUUGUCUACAGAGAAGAGUGAAGAUCAGCUGGUAGCUUUACCAAAGACAGGAGAGGGGUUCCAGGCGCUUAUGGAGGAUUAUGCUAAAGGCGGCAAGCAGAGGCGUCGCCUCCUACAAAACAGAUAUGGGCGUAAAUUUUUUGUUUACGCCUUUGAAACGCAUGUUAGCGACAAAUGGAUAACCACCAACACCAAACCCUGCCCUCACUGCUUCUCCCCAAUACAGAAAGAUGGCGGAUGUGACCACAUGUUUUGCACUUUUUGUAAACAGUAUUUUAUGUGGCAGUGACUCUGUAUUUUACGGAGCCCUCUAGGGGACAUGGGGAAUUUUUUUUCUUUUGCGUUCCCUCGCAAUACUUUUGCGUUCCCUCGC